AAGAAAUUCAACUUGGCUGGCAUGAUAUAACUUUUUCAUUAUUGUCAUAUCACAUUAACCUUACUUUCCAACAUUCCCAACAUCCUAAACAUUCCAGACAUUCCAGACAUUCCAAUCAAGGGAGGACAAAUACAAACCAACAAAACGCUUCGCUCAAAUAUGCUUUCUUCUUCAAAUACUCGUCCCGUGAACCUUCAUCCUCUGCUCCAGAACAUUGACAGUUUUAAGUCCUUCUUUUCCUGGUCAGUCAGAAAUCUACAACUCUUCUCUCUCCGAAGUCGCCGAGGUUGGAUUCUCGUCAUGAUCUCCAUAGAGAACAGAUGAGUCAGAUGAAUCAGGGACUCGAAGCGCUUCCUUUGUGCUGGGGUCUGUCUCGUUAUCAGCCUGUUCUGCUUCAUCUUCAUUCUCGUAAUUUUCCAGUUCCUCCUCCAUCGCCCCCACCUCGUCAUUCAAAUCAUUUUCCGACAUAUCAACGCGAUUAAUCUCCUCAGCCCCCAUUUUGGAUUCCGCCUGAGGCAUGUCGUCGGCAAGCUGGGAUUCUAUAGCCUCAACGACCUCCUCUUGAGCAUCCGCCUGAAGCUCUUGCGUGGUCUGAAUAUCCUCCUCCACGUCAUCGUCCAACUGAGGCAUUGUAUCAACAGACUCCUCUGGCUCUAUGCCCUCAUUUUCCCCCUCAAGCAUGCCUUCAACUGUUUCGGCCACUGCUGAUUCCUCUGACUUCGCCUCUUCGUUACAGGCUGGCGGGGGCUUCUUCAAUGCUGCCUUCAAUGGGGCUUCUUUUGAGCCUUUUGACUUUCGUUGUUGCACCUUCUUACUAGCCGCUUGGACUUGGGGCCCAGAGGUCUUUGCUGCAGUUACCGGACCCUCAUAGAUCACCUCAACAAGCGCUUCAGGGGCGGAAGGAUUAGAUUGGCUGUCGGUAGCGUGAAGUAUUUCUGGAGCAAUAGCUGGAGAAUCGGCCAUUUGAAGAUGACUGGAUGACGAAGCUACUGGCCUUAGGGCGAGGAUCAAGACUAGAACACUCAGAAAUAAUAUAGCUAGAUUCUUCCGAUCCCUCAUUGCGACUUUGCCAGCGGCGACCAAAAGUUCGGACAGAGAGUCCUCGUUUAUCUUGGGUCUUGAGUCGACGUUGAAAGGGGGCUGGGGGUUAAAAGAAGGCUGAGGUCUCUGGGGGAUUGGUGGUUCCGGGCUAUGGAUAUGCCUUUUCCUCAUUUGCUCCUCCUCGAGAAGCAAUUCUUGCAUCUCCUUUUCGUAAUCAGCGACACUUUUUUCAAGCUCCUGAGGCUGAUCGGACUCAUCAAAAUCUACAGAUCUGGCGUGCUCCUCGUGUCUCUCUGACAUGUUAACAUUCCGAAGCAUGUCCUGUGGAAUUUCCUCUAAGACUUCCUCCGAAAAACUUGCGGGGAUAUUCUCUGACACUUCUUCUGGCGCAUCCUUUGUUUCUUCUGAAAUUUCUUCAACACAAUUCUCCGAGAUCUUUUCUGGGGAAUCAUCUAAAUCAUCCUCAAUCUCUUCUGGCACCUCCUCUAAGAUCUGGUCUGAAAUAUCCUCGGGAUCAAUCUCUGGCAUCUCUUCUGGCGCAUCUUCUGAGAUAUGUUCUGGAAUGUCCUUCGACAUCUCCGAGAUAUCUUCACUGCUUGGCAUCUCCCCAGAACGGGGCUGUUGUAUAUCGCUAGGCUCGACCGAACGUCUCACCACUUCAUGAUCCCCAUCUUCGUCUUCAAAGGCGUCCUCGAGGUCUUCGAUACUAACUGCUGGAGGUUUAGAUUUUGACAUAGCCAUCCUCUCAAGCUCAUCAAGUUGGGCAGAUUCAAUCCAUGGCCCAAUCUCCACAUCAACUCUUUCCAUCUCCCUCCAAGCUGCUGCCCAAGCACCAGCAUGCAUCAAACCAUUACUUGCAAAUAUCUUGACCCUGAACUUGCGUUUUUCCGGCUCUCCGCCAUUCUCGAGCUUUAUAUCUCUUCGGCAAAUAUCACACCACUUCCUUUGAGGGGCCUUGUCGGCCCAGAACUCAUCAGCAUCUUCAUCCCAUGAAGGGACUUCAUGCUCUAGUGGCCCCAUAUAGUGCCCACACUUCAAUAUCAUGGCGCGGGGUCGAACAGGCAAUUCCAAUGCUUCGAGCAAACGUUCCUCGAGAACAUCAUACGAGUCUUGGGGAUGGGGGAUCAAGAUGCCGCGCUCAAGAACAGUGUCAGCUAGCUUUUCCUGUAGAAGCCUCCAGUUUUCUUUGACAUCUUUGAGCGUAUCUGGAAGAUCUGAUGACGGCAUAAGAUGAGAGUACUGCCAUACAAGGGGCAGAACGGUAACAUGUAAUAAGACGAGAGGCUGUUCUUUUUUGGCUUUGAGACGUGUUGGGGUUCUGUAUCUAGGUGUGUGUGAACUUGGGGUUCCGAUACGAGAGACGGUUGGUAGAUGGCGUUUGACUGAUCGAGGAGACGUAUUGUAGACUGAUGGAGUUGGGGAAGACAUUUGCAUAGCACGCACUGCAGACGGAGUCCGAAAAGGAGGGCGAGAAAGUACCUUACUCUGUGAAGGCGACACUGCUUCUGGAAUUUCAUGCAUAUAUGAUUCAAGAUGAGAAACUUCUGAUCCACGGCGUGUGCUGGCGGCCUCCUCCCCAACCGUUGGGGAAGUGAGUGCUUUCUGUCCAUAUGGCUCGUCUGAGCUGUCCAAGCCGUGGCAGGAGUUCAAACUGCUCCGAGCGCUGUGGCCAGAAUUUCGACUGAACACGUCGUCGUCAUCAAUGUCCCCUUCAUUAUGUGAACUCGAGUCUCCCCCUCGAUCAUUCUCGGAUUGAGAUUUCGACGACGGGCUUUCCACUCUGUCUUCAGUGUGUCCUCCCAACCCAUGCGCCUCGUUGUAGUCGUCUUCGUCGCGUUCGAUACUUUCCAUAAGCUUUUCAUGCUCGUGAGAAAUUGCGGAGGUAUCCAUAUCAGGAGUCAAUUCUGACAAUUCUUCGUUGCCAGAAUUGUAAGAAGGGUGGCUCUCGUCCGUUUGCACACUCAAGACCGAUUCAUCGUUUCCGCCGUAGUUGUCCUUAAUGUCCGCAAUAACAGCACGAGCUGCAGCGUGUAUUUUUGCUUCGAGACUACCCAGUUUCUGCCCGCGGGCCGUGCUCCCUUCGUUACCAUCGUCGUCACUGGCUUGUGCGUCUCCCUCCUUCUCUUCAGGAUUCUCCUCGGUUCCCUUCGUUUGUCCCUCCCAUGAAUCGUGGCGGAUAAUCGUGGAAUCAGAGGCGUCUCUGUCGGGGGACAUGGCGUGAUCAGCGGAAACUGUUAAACCGGAUUUAUCGAGGUGGGUUUUGGCUUUCUUCUGUUUUGUAGCUUUUUUCCCCAUUUCGUGGGCGGCGGUCAGUGUUGGUAAACAAAUGAUUUAGAAGGUCCUCGAGGGCGAGGGUUCAUGCAGCAACCCGUCACUUGGGUAUGUGCAGGAUAAAUGCAGUACAAAUAUAUCCAGCGAAUUGAGGUUGGACAGGACUCGACUUUGGUGGCUUGUGAUGGAGCUCUUGGUGUUCGGGUACUUUGUUUGGUUGAGCUGUGGUUUAUUGACUUUUCCAAGGUUAGUUGUCGUGGCGAUUGGUCACCGCCAAAUGUCCGUGGACAGGGGUACCCGUACAGGCGAAGAACUAUUGGCUUUCGUCCUCCAUAUUCCAAGCACCGCAGUGGAGAGUGACAGCAGUACAAUUGUUCAGUGGCAUUACGAAGUAUUUUGAGGAACUCCGUGUUUCUAUCCAGUCUCGUGUCGGCACUUGCAAUUGUGGUUGUGGCGCCGAGAUGGAGAUGGAAAUGGAAAUGGCAUGCAAGGAGUCGAAGCACCGCACCCCCUCUCGUUCGUCGACUUCAGGCCCAUCAGGGGCGCAAGCGAGCUAUGCCUACCUAUGCUUUACUCCAUCACCCAGUAGUUACUGUACAGUACUAUGUUCAUGAGAAUUAUUAUGGUGAAAAUAAUGUCAUUGAGAGCCUCUCAUCGAGUACUGUUUGUGUCAAAUUUCGAGAUUGACGCGCCAGUGCAGUGCCCAUCCACAAUGCAUGCUCCUGCAGCCCGACGGUUGGUUCUACAGUGUUUUGUGCAACAGUUGUACGAGUACAAUCACACAACCAGCAAUAAAUCAGAGUCGGAAGUCCGAUUUAUCCUGAUGCCGUAACUCAAUCGCAAUGUCUUCCAUUUUCCAGUCUAAAUUCUGUAUUUUGUAGGAUUGUUCUGUUGGCUUUUAAAGCCAUCUACGUCAUGUGUGUCAAAUCCAGGGUUUUGAAGGCCCAGGCCUUAUCUGAGCACAUGUGUAGGUUUUAUGAUUGGAGCAGCUUUCAGCUACUCGUACUUUUACAGUAGUCUCCUUCCAUCUUCACCCAACUUACUCGCAUAUUCACUUACAGUAGUGGGGUUCAGAGACGGGCUAUAGACGACAAGAACUUUCUCGUUCUUAUCUUAUUUUCUUCCCAUUACUUUUGACCACCAUUUCUUGAAACUCCAAGUACUUCUACAAUUCAAUUGCCUUUACCGUGAGCUUCAGAGAUCACAGUCCUGCAUCAUCCGCCAAGAUGGGGGAUUCAAGUAAGUUCUGUCUCAUCCACAGUAUGAAGAUAACUAAAGUUUGGUAGAGCAAGAACCCACGAAGGAGAACAUGACCAUGAUGCAAGCCUUCGAGUGGUACGUCCCGGACGACCAGAAACACUGGCAACGAUUGGCAAACGAUGUUGCAAAACUCAAGGCAACUGGAAUUGACAACAUCUGGGUUCCCCCGGGAUGCAAAGCAUCCUCGCCAUCAGGAAAUGGUUACGAUAUUUAUGACCUUUAUGACCUGGGUGAAUUUGAUCAGAAGGGAUCCAUAGGCACGAAAUGGGGUACGAAGGAUGAACUUAUGGCGCUCGUCAAGGCAUCUAAUGAUUGUGGCAUGGGAAUAUAUUGGGAUGCAGGUAAAGUUCCGGGUUGUGUAAUUGUGCGUCUGAUAUUGAAUUACUGACCCAGCGCUUAGUCUUGAAUCAUAAAGCUGCAGCGGACCGCAAGGAAAAGUGUCAGGUCCAAGAGGUCAACCCUGAGGACAGAAACAAAAAUAUAUCCGACCCUUAUGAGAUUGAUGCAUGGUUAGGUUUUGAUUUUCCUGGCCGAAAAGGCAAAUACUCCAAAAUGAGGUACCAUUGGUAUCAUUUUUCUGGUACGGAUUAUAAUGCUGCCAACGAAAAGACUGCCAUCUACAAGAUUCUUGGUGACAAAACCAAAGGUUGGGCCGAUGGCGAUGAUGUCGAUGCUGAAAAGGGAAAUUACGACUACCUCAUGUUUGCAGAUCUCGAUUACGACCACCCGGAAGUUUCACAAGAUGUCAGAGACUGGAGUAUAUGGCUAAGUAAUCAGAUUACCUUGAAGGGUAUCAGAUUUGAUGCUGUAAAGCAUUUCAGUGAAGACUUUCUUCGUCAGCUGAUUACCGAGCUUGACAAGAUCCAUGGAGAAGGAUGGUUCUUCGUUGGCGAGUUUUGGAAAGAUAGCUUGUCUGAUAUGACGAGCUAUCUGGAUCGAAUGGGCAAGAAGUUCAGUUUGUUUGACGCCCCUCUGGUCUACAACUUUAGUCAAUUGAGCAAGAACGAGAACGCGGAUUUGAGAACUGUAUUCAAUGAUACGCUGGUCAAGGCCACUCCUGUUAACGCCGUGGUCAGCCUAUCAACAUCUGUUGCUCUUGCAUAAAGCGCUAAUUCCCAUUACAGACUCUCGUUAUGAACCACGAUACUCAACCAUACCAAGCACUUGAGGCAUCCAUCGAGCCAUUCUUCAAGCCACUAGCAUACGCACUCAUCCUCCUUCGAUACGAUGGAUAUCCUUGCUUAUUUUACGGUGACCUCUACGGUAUCAAAGGAGAGCAUCCAUUCCCGCCAUCAUGUGGCGGUGCACUUCCAGGUAAGAAACUUCCCCAUUAUUCAUUGUCGUGAUUCUUACUGGCAACAGAUCUCGCCUUGGCACGAAAGCUCUACUCUUAUGGCCUUCAACAAGACUAUUUUGAUUACCCCACCUGCAUCGGCUGGGUCAGAUAUGGAACAUGGGAUAGAAGAUUUGGAUGUGCAGUGGUAAUGUCUAACGCUGGACCUGGCGAAAAGAGAAUGCAUGUUGGUGAGAUGCAUAGUGGCGAGAUAUGGACUGAUGUGCUUGGUUGGGAGCAACAAGAAGUACGGAUCGGAGAAGACGGAUAUGGAAAUUUCAAGUGCUGCGGAACAAGUGUAAGUGUGUGGGUUAAUAAGGACGCGGAAGGAAGAGAGAAAUUUGGAAAGUUGUGAGUCCAUGCUCUUCUUGAAGACGAGCGCACAUUUGCUGACCUUCAUAGCGACUCGGAUAUCUACAAGUCUUGAAUCGUUUGAUAAACCUUGCGCAGACGAAGAUAACAAUGACUACGGGUAAAAGAAUCAGCGCGAUCAAGUGGAGAGCAAUUGAGUGACGAACCAAACGACCUAGGAUACGAAUCAAUACUUUUGAGCACAAUCCUUACAUGUUGAGACACAUUGAUUGCCAUUGAUAACAACAGUAUUAGAGACCUCUCGCUAUCCCAGCAUUCCAGAGCACUUCACGAUUGCUCUAAUAUCCUAAAAUAGUCACAGCGAUUAUUCUGGCGGAUCUAGACUGGUAGCUGUAGAGUACUAUUGACUUAAAUUAAGCGAGCCAAACAGAACAACGAGAUAGCUGGUCAUUGUCACGGGUAUUGUUUAUCGGGCGCCACGGACUAUGAUGCACACAUUUGAUGCUAUUCCAUCCACCAACCAGGCCCGAAUUUUUACUCCCAAUCUUCAAGAAUAAUCUCAGCCGCCCUUUCCGCAAUCCCAUAAACCGCCGUCUGAAUAUGUCCACUGACUAACAAACUGAUCACACUAGC